AUGACAGGGGCGCUUUUGCCGGACGGGUCUGUCUCCAGACCAGGUGCCAGGAUCGCAGCCGGCCCUCCUCCCUGUACGUUGUGCAACAGGCGGCGAGGAGAAUAAGCGAGGCUUUGGCGAAAGGCGUGAGCGCCCGAAUUGCAGGUGUCACAGAGAAGAAUAAUCGUCAUCAGCCCCAAUGAUCAUCAAGAAUAUGAACUUUGUUAUCUAGAUGGAAGAAAAGAUUAACAGCCCAGAAGGGGAGCCCUUUUGGUUUUCAAGAUGGAGGCAGCUACUGGUGAAAGCCAACUGCAGCGAAUUAUCAGGGACUUGCAAGAUGCUGUGGCUGAAUUAAGUAAAGAAUUUAAAGAAGGAGGGGAACCAAUCACAGAUGACAGUGUCAACUUGCAAAAAUUCUCCUACAAGCUUGAAUAUCUUCUACAGUUUGACCAGAAAGAAAAAAGCACAUUGCUGGGGAACAGAAAAGACUACUGGGAUUAUUUCUGUGACUGUCUGGCAAAAGUCAAAGGAGCUAACGAUGGAAUUCGCUUUGUCAAGUCUAUCACGGAACUGCGAACAUCUCUUGGGAAAGGAAGAGCAUUUCUGCGUUACUCCCUCGUUCAUCAAAGGCUUGCAGAUACCUUACAGCAGUGUUUUAUGAACACCAAGGUGACCAGUGACUGGUACUAUGCACGAAGCCCAUUUCUGAAUCCCAAAAUGAGUUCUGACAUUGUGGGUCAACUCUAUGAGCUCACUGAUGUUCAGUUUGACUUGGCAUCACGAGGCUAUGAUUUAGAUGCUGCUUGGCCAGCAUUUGCCAGGAGGACGCUGUCCUCACUUGGAUCUUCAGCAUACUUAUGGAAGCCCCCAAGUCGCAGUUCCAGCAUGAGCAGCUUAGUGAGCAAUUACUUGCAGGCUCCAGAAUUUCCCUCCAGCCCUGAUGCAAAUAACUCACUAAAUGCUGAACACUUUGAGGGCUUUGAAGAGAUGCGUGUAGAACUUGACCAGGCUGAGCUAAGGCAGAAGGAACUUCAGAGAAGUAUUCACCAGCUAGAAUUGGAAAACCAGGAGCUCCAGGCAGCUGUCAGCCUUCAGAAAGAACAGUUGCAGCUGGAAAAAGAGAAGAGCAAUAACUACAGUGAGGAGAACUCCCGGCUGACAAAGAUGAUCACAGAGUUACAGAAGCAGUGUGAGGUUUCACACUCCACUCAAAGCACUGUUCAUGACCUGCAGAAAUGCCUUCAAUCGCUGGAACUGAAUGCCGUGGAGCAGCAGAAGGAAUAUUCAACAAAGCUGGCGCAGUUGGCAACCAGUAAGGAGGAUUAUGCCUCAAAACUGCAGCUGUUGAAUGAGGAGUUGGAGGUCUGUAGGGCUUUAGUUGCUAUGAAGGAGCUUUGCAUUGAUGAGCUUAAAGCAAAGCUAAGUUCCACAGAACAGAAGAAUCUCAACCUCCUUGCAAAAGUUGAUGCUGCCUUAGAGGAAAAAGGACAGCAAGCUAUGGCCCAGUGUGACUCUGCCCUACAGAUACAGGCAUUAUUAGAGAAGCUUCAGCAGACAGAAAAGGAAAAGGCAGAGAUGCAAAUACUCAGUGAUGAACACACAUAUCAGCUGAAAACUGCAAAAGAACAGCUGCAGCUGAAAGAAGAGGCGCAGAAGGAACUGGAGUGCAGAUAUAAUCGCCUUGCUGCUGAUUCCAGAGAAGAGAGUGAAAAGCUGCUGAGGAGCAUGGAAACCAUGGAAAAGGAAAUGGAUGCACUUCAGAAGGCCCUGACCCUGAAAGAAAAGGAGAUGGCUGAGCUCCAGACCCAGGUAAUGGGGUCGCUGGCUCAGGUGGGGUCACUGGAAAAAGAUCUUGAGGAGGCAAGGAAAGAAAAAGAGAAACUCAAGGAGGAGUAUGGUAAGAUGGAAGAGGCACUUAAGGAGAAAGCCCAGUCACAAGCAGAAAAAUUUGAACAACAGGAGGGUCAUUUAAAAAAGGUGAGUGAGACUGUGUGUAGCCUUGAGGAGCAAAAGCAGAAGCUCUUGUAUGAGAAAGAGGAUCUCAGACAGAAAGUCAAGGAGCUAGAGGAUCAGAUGAAGCAGCAAAACUCUGCAGUAAAUGAAAUGAGUGAGGAGAGCAGGAAGCUGAAAACUGAGAAUGCAGAUUUGCAGCAGUCCAAGAAGAAGAUGGAAGAGAAGCUGAAAAAUCUGGAAGCCUCUAAAGAUUCUCUGGAAGCCGAGGUGGCCAGGCUGAGGGCCUCUGAGAAACAGCUUCAGAGUGAGAUAGAUGAUGCCCUUGUGUCAGUUGAUGAAAAAGAGAAGAAGCUCCGAAGCCAGAAUAAACAGCUGGAUGAAGAUUUGCAGAAUGCCAGGAGACAAAGCCAAAUUCUGGAGGAGAAAUUAGAGGCUCUGCAUUCAGACUAUAGAGAAUUAAAGGAAAGAGAAGAGACCACCAAGGAAUCUUAUGCCUCACUUGAAGGACAGCUGAAGAGUGCUAAACAACACAGUUUACAAGUAGAAAAAAGCUUGGACACUUUGAAGGAGAGCAAGGAGUCACUCCAGUCACAGCUUGCAGAGAAGGAAGUACAGCUACAAGGCAUGGAGUGCCAAUGUGAGCAGCUAAGAGAAGAAGCUGAAAGACAUAGGAAGAAAGCUGAGACUCUUGAGGUAGAAAAGCUCAGUGUUGAAAAUACAUGCCUUCAGCAGACAAAGCUUAUUGAAUCCCUCACAUCAGAAAAGGAAUCAAUGGAAGAGCACCAACUACAGCAGGCAGCUUCUCUGGAGAAAGAUGCAAAAGAGCUGGCCUCCAGGCUUACAGUAAGUGAAGAGCAGCUGCAGGUCAACCGAGAUGAAGUGUCUAGACUGCAAACAGAACUCCUUGACGUGCGAGUCAAGCUUCAGCAGACCACUGAUGAGAGAGAGCAGUUGAAAAGUGAGCUGGCAAUCAAAGAACCUGUCUUGGGGGAGCAGAAAGUGCUUGUCCAGCAGCUGAAAGAGCAAAUAGAGUCCCUCAACAGAAACCACGUGCAAGAACUGGUGCAAUGGAAAGAAAGAGAAGAAGUGCUGAAAAGAGAACAGGAGACAGUAGCCCUUCAAAAAACUGAGCUGGAAGAUAAUUUGCUGAGUCUAAAGGAAGAACUCUCCAAGGUUAAGCAGUAUUUGGAAGCUGCUAGAAUGGAAAAUGUAGAAAACAAAGAUCUCCUCCAUAGGACCAACACAGAUAUGGCUGAACUCGGUAUUCAGAUUUGUGCCUUGUCCUCUGAGAAGGUGGAUGCAGAAGAGCAGUUAGCCCAGGCCAAAGAGAGGCUCAAAGAAUUGGAAGAACAGGCAGCAGCGCAACAGGAGAAACUGAAGCAUGACAUUUCUAGUCUCAGACAGGAGAACAGGAGCCUACAAGAGAAACUAGAGGAGGCUCAGAUAUGUGUCUCAGCUGUCCCAAGUCUGCAAGCACAACUGGAGGCAGCAAAGAAACAGGCACAGAGCUUUCAAGAGACCAGCCAAGAAGAGCUGUCUGCCAUAAAAUUUCAAAUGAGCACAGAGAUUCUAAAUUAUCAGACAAAAUUCAAGGCUGCCAAUGAAGAAUGUGGGAAACUAAAGGAGCAACUUGAGGAGCAGAAGAGACAACAGCAUGCUACAGAGGAAGAGAUUGCAGGUUUACAAGCUGAAAACACAAGCUUGUCUAGAAAGCUGGAUGAAGCAAGAGAGCAGCUGUCUGAAUUGCAAUCUGCUCGGCUGCAGAAGGAAGAGGAGGUGACAUCUCUGAGAGAACUCUUGGAAAGGACCCAAAAGGAAGCGGAUGAAGCAAAAAAGCAGGCCCUGGAUUACAGUGAGAAACUCAGCAAGGUGGCAGCAGACAAAGACAGCAAUGACCAGAAGUUGUUUGCUGAGCUGGAUGACCUGACAAGAACAAAACAGUUCCUUGAAGAACGUUUAAUAGAACUUAUCAGAGAUAAGGAUGCUUUGUGGCAAAAAUCAGAUGCUCUGGAGUUCCAGCAGAAGCUUAGUGCAGAGCAGAAGUGGCAGGGUGACACAGAGGUUAACCACUGCCUGGACUGCCAGAGGGAGUUCUCGUGGAUGGUGCGCCGGCACCACUGCAGAAUGUGCGGUCGCAUCUUCUGCUACUAUUGCUGCAACAACUACAUGGUGACAAAACCUGGUGGGAGAAAGGAGCGUUGCUGCAAAGCCUGCUUUAAUAAGCCCAGAGUGAUUGUGGACAAUGCAGAUGACUCUGGAUCUAGUGCCAACCAGGAAGGAUCCCCAGGCUCACUGGAAUCACCAGUGUCACCAGUUGCAGGUGAAGCCUCUAAACCACCAGAUGAUGCAGCAUUUGAUAUAAUCACUGAUGAGGAGCUGUGCCAAGUACAAGAAUCAGACUCGUUCCACAGUGAAAGUCAGAUGGAUAGAGAUUCUCUGGAUCAAAGCGUGACAGAUCUCCCUGUAAUUCAUAGUUGGUGGUAUUCCAGACUGUAUCCAGUGCAUCUGCCUUUUUUAAGAAACAGCACGUGUAAUUCUUCAACCUUUGAUGAAUCAGAAGAGUGGCAGGUUGCUCAAGAUGCUGAGAUAAGCUUGUUGAAGUCAGGAGAAAUCAUGGUCAAAUUACCCCUUACAGUGGAGGAGAUUAUAAAUUUUGGGGAAGGCAACAGAGAACUGUUCAUCAAAUCCAGCACUUACAGUAUCAUUCCCAUCACUGUUACAGAGAUUGGGCUGACAAUUAGUUGGAUAUUUUCAUCAGACCCUAAAAGCAUCUCCUUCAGCGUCGUCUACCAAGAAUCAGAAGACACACCACUGGAUCAGUGCAAAGUUCUCAUUCCUAUGACCCGCUGCAAUUCUCAUAAGGAAACUAUCAGAGGGCAGAUGAAAGUCAGAAACUCUGGAAUUUACACACUGAUAUUUGACAACACGUUUUCUAGAUUUAUUUCAAAAAGAGUGUUUUAUCAGUUGACUGUUGAGCGACCUGUCAUCUAUGAUGGAAGUGAUUUUCCAUAGCCUUGAAUAUACUGUGUUAUUUUUAAUUAAAUUUGUAAGAAAUGCUAUUUAUGUAAGCAUUGUGGUUACCACUAUUUGAAGACUUUGAAACUAUGCAAUAGUUAUAAUGCACAUAGAGAGCAUGUAUACACUAGAAAACAAAGCCUUUUUAGGAACACUAAUGGUUCUGUACUGUGUACAGAUUCCUCAGAAGCCAUCUUGUUUGAUUCAACAGGGCAAGUAAUGUUCCAGCCAAAUUUUUUUCAGUGGGGAAAAAAGUAAGUGUGGAAGUGACUGAAAUUCUCUGCUGAAAAUUAAACAUUUCUUAUAAAAAUAUCCUUCAAAAGGAAAUUCAAAUAAAAAUGCAUUACUUUUGUUGACCUCUUCACUGAGGAAUAAACAUACCCAUUUCCAUUCUGCUCUACUGCUCUCACAGUCCAAACAGCAACUAUGCAAUCCUUCAAUCUUUGCAGAUAUAUAUUGUAAUUCAUCUAGAAUUUUUUAUCUCUUUCAAGUUUUAUAAGCAGCAACUAUAGAGUUUUUAACAUUUUGAGCUAAGAUUUGGUAAGUCUUAACUGGCUUUUAUAAAUGCUUUGGUCUUUAAUGCCAGUUACAAAGCAAUAAAACAUGAAGCAACAAUUUAUUUCACUUUUGCUCUUUGUACUCUGUAAGUUGUUCCACUGAAAUCAGCUCAUUUGGUGAGUACCAGUGGCAGAAUCAGGUGUAUAAUUUGUAGAAUAAAGUACUACUCACUGUGUGACACUUGGAAGAAGAGCAUUUCUGCUUCCUGCUGUAGCCUCUUGGUCAGCAGCAUUCACAAGAAAGCACAAUCUCUGAGGAGGCCAGCAAUGUCCUUUCUCUCUGUAGACUAAGUGGAAAGCAGCCGUAAGUUUUGAAUCGGUCUCCAGAAAUCCAUUUGAAAUUGAAUACAUACCCAGCACUUACAGAACUCCCCAUGGGGUAUGUGAUUCUACAGCAAUAGGCUGGUAGCUAAAAGAUGGAUGCGAGGCAGUGUUUGACUGUAGGGAAAUUUCUGGGAAAAAAAAAUACUGUAGAUAAAGCUAACAGUUGCUAAUCAUUCAUUCCGUUGUUAACAAUGUGUAAACACACUGAUCCUGAAGAAGAUUGUGAAAGAAUGACUGCCUUUCAUGGAUCACCUGGACUUUAAGUUGCAUGUUCAGGGCUUUCUAACAAGGACUUGCACUCAGGGUGGCACCAAGCUGGAAUCGGGGCCUUUUCAACGAGGCUGUCUGGCUCCUGGAUGGUUUACUCUUCAAACGUCGCUUCCCAGCAUGUGUGAUGUGCUGUGCUGGGCACAGGAGUUGGCGAGAGGUGUGCGCUGCCUUACUCCUCCUGAGUAACAGGAUGCAGUAAGAGUGAGACCCUUCCCUGGCUGUGUGCAUGAAAAGGAGGUGGACAAGAAACCAAAGUGGGCAAUAAAUGACACAAUUACAGACAUAAAUGCUCUGCUCUGAAUUAUGGCAUAUUUCAGUGUUGAAGCUAUGUUUUUAUUUAAUUGAGCAAGAAGAGUUUAUUUAUUGCUGAAGAAUGGAUACUGUAUGCCGUUUGCUAUGCAAUUUCACACAGCUGUUACUGAGGUCUGCUGCAGUUUUCCUUUAAGCUUUCAGGUGUGAUUUUUAAAAGCAUCUUGUUGCUGUUUUACUUAGAAUACUAAUCUUACUAGGAGAUCUUUAUAAAAAUGCCAAAUGUAAGUUAAAGGGAUGCCGUCAAAUGUUUUAGGCUAAAAUACGACAUCUCUGCUCAGAAGUAUUUAUCUGUAGUCAGAAUCAUUUGACAGGCUUGCCUCUGGAUUUCUUCUCUGCAUCCUUGUUCUUAAGAUUUUUUCAUUCAAUAGCAAAUAUUUUUAAGGCACCAUUUAUUCUUAAAGAAACUGGCUCUGUGUAGUAGGCCAAAUUUUUGCAAGCAAGUUUUUCAUGUAGACAGGCCUGAGGUUUGCCAAAACUUGUGUUUGGAAGGUGGGUAAUAAAAACGCUGGAUGAUUUUCUUUUUAGCAUUUGAGUCUUUCUGUUAGCUUUUCUUCAGGUUUUCCUGUCACAUGAGAGACAGGAAAACCUGGCUUUUUUUGCUCUCCAAAAGAGGACUAAGAGGAGGAGGAGCAAGAACCUAUAGGUUCAAGAUAACAAAUUAUUGUUUGCUUCUCACAGAGGAGAGCAUUUAAACAGAAGUCAUUUCAGAAAAGCAAAUAUUCCAUCAGGUAAAGAUGCAACAAGUGGACAUGAGCUCAGCUGUUGGAAGGAACUGUUCAAGUAAGGGAACCCGUUGUGUCACCUAGAUGAGGGAGUCUUUUCCACCUUGGGCUGUGCGGAGAACACAGCAAAGAACGUGUUCUUGUUACAGAGCUGUUGUGUGACUGUCCCAGAUCAUUUAUUGCUGGAGUCACGGGGCCCCGUUGUAGGACUGCCCACAAGCAUAGGUUUGUGCAAGAGACUUCACUCAAGCACUUUAUACCCUCUAUUAUACCCUUUAUAUUUGUAAAGAACCUGUUCAUGUGAGGUAUGCCUUCAAUGCUGAUAAAUCUGUUUGCCUACAGAGGUUCAGGUGUUUUGUUGCACUGGGCCUUUGGUUAGAAGACCAUCCCCUGCAAUACAAUUAAGAGAAAUACUUAAAAUCAAUCACAAAACUGAUUUAAGGGGAUGUCACGCCUGUGACCUUUAUAUACAAAGAGUGCAUAAAAAGUCAGCAUAUCUAAUUGGGUGUUUUUUUCUGGGUGCUAGAAUAAGGAAGGGUAAUCUGUUAUUUGUUAGGCAGGGAUUUAUGCAGAGGAAAGAAUACAGUUAUUUUAAGAAAAUGACAUAAUUCCUGGAUUCAGCAUUACUCAAUGCUGCUUUAUGAGACAUCACUGAGAUUUGCACAGUAAGAAGUAGCACCUCUUCAAAAGCCUGAAUUUGCUCUUUUUAAAAAUCAAAAUUGCACUAUAGUUUUAAUUAUACUCAGACACUUAUAUUGUAAGUUGUUCAGAAACGUUUUCUGGUUUUAGCUGCCAAAGAAUUGCAAAUCCAUUCACAUCAAAUUUCACGUUCCACGAGGGGGAAAAAAAGAGAUUUAUGUAUCCCAGCAUCUGUGCAGUUACAGAGGUGUAGACAGUCAUGUACUGGAAUGUUUGUUUCUUGAUGCUUUUUUUUUCCUUUUAUAACCUCAGGAAUUAAAAAAAAUAAACUUCUUUAUCAUCCAG